UUCACUUUCUAUAAUCCUAGAUAAUCUUAGUUCAAUGGCUCAAAACCUAUGCCAAAACAUAUGCUUGGCGUUUCUCCUUGUCUUGUCCAUCUGGAAUUCCCUUGCCCUUUGUCGCCCUCUCAAUCAGGAACACAUGCUGAAGAGGCAUGAGGAAUGGAUGGCUCUGAACAGCCGCAUCUACGCGGACGCAGCAGAGAAGGAGAAACGCUAUGCAAUAUUUAAGGAAAACGUUGAACGUAUUGUAGCUUUUAACAAUGGUGUGGAGAGAGGAUACAAGCUAGGUGUAAAUAAAUUUGCAGACUUAACCAAUGAGGAGUUCCGUUCGCUACACACUGGCUUCAAACGCCAGUCCCCCAAAUUGAUGUCCCAUUCAAAAUCGUCUACUUUCCGCUAUGGAAACGCAACCGCUGGGCCAAUUGUUGUGGACUGGAGAAGAAAGGGUGCCGUGACCUCUGUCAAGGAUCAAGGCACCUGUGGAUGUUGUUGGGCGUUUUCAGCUGUGGCGGCUAUAGAAGGAUUAACACAACUUAAGAAAGGAAAGUUAAUUUCUUCGUCGGAACAGCAGCUUGUGGACUGUGACAUCAAAGGUGAGGAUGAAGGAUGUGAAGGUGGCCUCAUGGACAACGCCUUUCAGUUCAUCAAAACCAACCGUGGCCUAACAACUGAAGCCAACUACCCCUACCGAGGGUCGGAAGGAGAGUGCAAAAACAAGCAUGCAACGCCUGCAGCAACUAUAGCCGGGUAUGAAGACGUGCCGGCUAACAACGAAAAGGCCCUAUUGCAAGCUGUGGCCAACCAGCCAGUUUCUGUAGCUAUUGAAGGUAGUGGAUGGGCUUUCCAGUUUUACGAGAGCGGGGUCUUCUCUGGGGAGUGUGGCACAUACCUUGACCAUGCUGUCACGGCAAUAGGGUAUGGAACCAGCUCUGAUGGUACCAAGUACUGGAUGGUGAAGAAUUCGUGGGGCACGGACUGGGGUGAGAAAGGGUUCAUGAGGCUCAAGAGGGACGUUACUGCCAAGCAAGGUCUUUGCGGCGUUGCCAUGAAAGCUUCUUAUCCAAUUGCAUGAAGAAGGAAGAUUCUUGGAAUACUGUUAUAUUAAGCUGCAACCUGCCAAUAUCAUGUAAUAUUCAUCAAGUGUAAACUAAUAUCAAUUUGCGUGCUAUGGUACCUAUGUUUCUUGUACUUAAAGAAUCAGUACAAAAUUUCAGCAACAAAGUAUUUGUUCUGCUUCCUAUUGAAAUUCCCACUUGAUUGUUUCUGUUAGAAAAUAUUGAUUGCCUGUCACCAUGGAAGUUACAGCGAGAAAAGGAAUGAGAGUUUCUGCUCUUUGUCUGA